AUGCGCUGGGAUAAGGCAGCUCACUGCCUGCUUUUCCCUUCCACUUUUCAGGACCCAGCCUCUGAGCGGUUGAACGGUGAAGAACCCGGCACGAGAGACAAAGCCUCAGAGGCACAGAGCUCCUGGAAGAGGAUCGGCAUCCCCAUCCUGGUGAUCGUGCUCGUCCUCGCCUGCCUGGCUGCAGUUGGGCUCCUGGUCAAGGUUUACCUGGACCACCACUACUUCAUCUGCAAGCAGCCUCUGAAGCUGGUGCCAUUCGGGCAGGUUUGCAAUGGAGAGGCGGACUGCCUGAACGGCGAGGACGAGGCCAGCUGUCCCCAGGAGGUCCCCGAGGGGCCACAGGCUGCUGCUCGCCUUUCCAAGGACAGAUCGAUCCUGCAGGUGCUAAACAGGAACACUGGAGCCUGGUCCUGCAUCUGUUCUGACCACUUCAGCGCAGCGCUGGCAAAAGCAGCCUGUGAGGAAAUGGGCUACAGCAGCACCCCAACAUUCUAUGCAGUGGAUGCAGGUGCAGGACAGCCCCUGCCUCCCCGUGAGCUGGUGCUGAGCAGCGGCCGCCUGCAGCUGCCUGAGCCAGGCAGGAAGUGCCUUUCUGGAUCGGUUGUUUCACUCCUUUGUUCCAGCUGCGGGGAAAGCGUGCGGACGCCGCGUGUGCUGGGCGGGAGGCCGGCGGCCAUCGAGGCCUGGCCAUGGCAGGUCAGCCUGCGUUACCGCGGGGAGCACAUCUGCGGCGGCAGCAUCAUCGACCCCCGCUGGAUCCUCACCGCCGCGCACUGCUUCAGGAACAACCCCAUCAUCCCCAGCUGGCGCGUGAAGGCCGGCUCCCACGUCCUCUCUGGCCCUGCCACCCUCACCGUGGAGAAGGUCUUCCUGGCCGAGCGGAUGCCCACGUCUCCCAAUAACAAUGACAUAGCGCUGGUGAAGCUGCAGGUCCCUCUGCGUAUCUCAGACAGCAUCAAGCCCAUCUGCCUGCCCUACUUCGAUGAGGAGCUGGAGCCGGGCACCCCGCUGUGGGUGAUAGGCUGGGGCUACACACAGCAGAACGGCAAAUUGUCAGAGACCCUGCAGCAGGCGGAGGUGAGGCUGAGCAGCGUGCAGAGGUGCAACCUGGAGGCGUACCACGGCAAGGUGACGCAGAAGAUGCUGUGUGCAGGGCUGCCCGAGGGCGGGGUGGACACCUGCCAGGGGGACAGCGGAGGGCCGCUGCUGUAUUCAAGCAGGCACUGGCAGGUGGUGGGCAUCGUCAGCUGGGGCUUCGGCUGUGGCACCCCCAGCACACCCGGUGUCUACACCAGCGUCCGAAUGUACCUCGACUGGAUCUACGCCGUCCGCAGGGUCAGUGCUCUUUGCACCUUACUGUCACUGCUGUGCUGUGGCUUCUCUGUACCAUUCCUCUCCUCUCUCCCCUUGCAGUCGGAGCUCUGA